AUGUGCGAUUGGAAGGAUGGCGACUGGUUAACCGCGUCGACGUACAAACUAACCAUGUACUGUGCAUAAUGAUAAUUCAGCAUGUACAGGAUCUCGAAUUAUACUUUCUAUUUGCUAAAGUAGAAUGUUAUGAACUUCAUAGUUACUAUAAGAAUGCCCCAAAGAAUUCGAAUAAGUUGAGUUUUAUUGUUACUCAAACAAUAUUAUAAGCUGGUUCUGGAAAUGUCAUUAAAAUUCUUUUGAGUGAGCAUGUGGAAGUCAAGGUGAUAACUGCUUUCAUACCUGCAACUAACUGAUUUGUUCUUAGCUUGGAAUUUGGUGCGACUAGUGUAGGAACUGAAAAAAGUCCCAUGGAUAUCAAGGGCAGUUUCAAGAAAUCCCGUUCUAUCAGCUCUCCCCCUGCUGUGAUGCCACAAGAAUCACAGUCAUCUUCAGAUUUGAGACAUCUGAUUGGAACACAAAAGUUUAAUGAAAACACACUUCUAGCAGCUGCAGCUGCAAAUGAAAAUGAUGAAUUGCUGAUUCCUGUGGAAACAUCCAGGAACUCUGCUCUUCCUCCGAGUACUGAUGUAAAGGGGAUUCUUAACACAUCAGAAAUGCAGGGGACAACCAAGGUGAAUAAACAAGAAUCCUACAAGAAAAUCCUGAAUACUGUGUUUGGGAAAAAGUUCAGUCAAACUUUGAGGACAUUUUGA